AGUAAAUGACUGCUCUUUGUUUAGUGAAACGCAGGAAAAGCUGCAUGAGGUAGACAGUCUCGCUACGUCUUUCGGGCAAAAGAUAAAUAACAUCAAAAUGGGGAUGGAGUUUCUCAACAAAAACAUACGAAACACUGUUCAGGCACUCCAAUCCGAUCUUCGAGAUCUCAGUAACAAAACGAUCUUCGAGAUCUCAGUAACAAAAUCCCUAAGGUCAUCGAGAAGUCAGUGAAGGGUGAGCUUUUUGGACUCUUCGUUAAUUUAUUUGCGAAUCAGAAUCAGAUCCUUCUUCAAAAUACGAAUGAAAUAUUGAAGCAACAGAUUGCCGAAUUGAAACAAAACAUUGACGGAUUACAGCAUUCUUUGGAGGCACUGACGAAACAAUGUUAUGAGAUGCUGAAAAAAUGUAUGGAGACGCUGCAACAUGAGACACAAAAACUUUCGGGGGCUUUACAGGUGAUCAUGAACUCAAUGAAAAUCGAGCAUGAGUCUCCUGAAAAAAUAUUGAAUGAUUCACCUGCGCAAUCAAACAACAGACCCUUUCAGCUUUUUUCUCCCAUAAAACUAAAGUUCGACUCAUCUGAGCAGGCAAAUGACAAGUAUGACCAUCAUUCAGAUGAUCAAUAUUCGAUUCUGCGGAAAAAAAUCAAAAUAAAUCCGACCUCAAAAUACUAUUCGAUUCCUAAGACAGUUGAGGAUUGUUUUAAGACUCCAGAAUUUCGAAUGCUACCAAAAGAUAUUCCCGUUUCUACUUUAUUGAAAGAGUUUCAGAUCCCUAUACCUGGAAGACCUUCGCUAUUAGAAAGGGAGUCAAAAUACGGAGCCAAGUGGAGAUAUGACCAGCUAGCUUUGUGGAAAUUCAAGAAAACUUUUUUUAACUUCGUUACUAAAACUUCCGAAGAACUAAAUUUUGCCCCAAGUGUGGUCGCUCAGAUUAUGGAUACGAUAGCACAGCAGCAAGGCCUGCGUGGAAUGGCUUCUAUGCGUGUAAAGAUUCAAGAUAGUCUUCUACAGAAAGAAAUGUUACGAGAGAUAUCCAACAUAUUGACGGACCAACAAGAAACAAAUAACAACAAUGAGGUUAUAUGAAGACGAUUCAAUUCGAUAUUGUUCAGUUAGAACGAGUCAGCUUUCUGUAUACAGCUUGACCGGAGAAGUCAGGAACGUGAGCUUGAGAAGUAUUUUAUGUUAUAUACGCUCGACUUAAUAAAACUUAUUCAGAAGGCGCAUCUUAC